AUGACAGCAACGAUUGAUUUCUAUUCCCAAGAGGCUCGAAAGCCGAUGCUGAGCGAUCCUGAAGAUACUGAUCUUGUUGUUGGGAAGGAUUUCCUCGGUUACACUCCAUUGAAUCACCCUAGGGGUGAAUGUGUUGCAGACGUCAUUGCUGUCACGGGCUUAGCAGGGCAUGCAUUCGGCUCAUGGAGGCAUGAAGAUGGCAAGAUGUGGCUGCGGGACCUCCUUCCUCAAGAUCUCCCUGCAGUACGAGUGAUGAUUUAUGGAUAUUCCGCCCAGGUGCAAGGAGCCACUCAGGCCACAAGUAUUCUUGAGGAUCAUGCGGAGACCUUUCGACAGCGGCUAUUGUCAUUUCGCCGCUUCGAGCCCAAACGUCCACUUAUUCUGAUUGUCAGUCCAUUUGACCCGCGAGUUGGAGAAAUCUGA